CCCGUGUCCCAUGUUCACGUCCCACCUCCAUGUCCCACCUCCAUGUCCCAUGUCCACGUCCCACCUCCAUGUACCCGUGUCCCACCUCCAUGUCCCACCUCCAUGUCCCGUGUCCAUGUCCCACGUCCAUGUCCCGUGUCCACAUCCCACAUCUCACCUCCAUGUACCCGUGUCCCACCUCCAUGUCCCACCUCCAUGUCCCGUGUCCAUGUCCCACCUCCAUGUCCCGUGUCCACGUCCCACGUCCCACCUCCAUGUCCCGUGUCCUUGUUCAUGUCCAUGUCCCACGUCCACGUCCCGUGUCCACGUCCCACAUCUCACCUCCAUGUACCGGUGUCCCAUGUCCCAUCUCCACGUCUAUGUCCAUGACCCGUGUCCUGGUCGCAUGGCCAACGUCCAUGUCCGUGUCCCCCGUCCCAUCUCCGUGUCCCCUCCCCAUGUCCCGUGGCCUAUGUGCGUGUCCCACAUCCAUGUCCCAUGUCCAUGGCCAACGUCCAUGUCCUUGUUCAUGUCCCGUCCUCGUGUCCCCUGUCCUGUGUCCCAUGUCCCUGUCUCCUGUCCA